CUGACUCGGCUCCCAAGUUGCCAGCUGCGAAGUUUGCGCUCGGUGCUGCRGCGGCCCGGGAACUCGGCCACCCCAGGCUCGCGCUCCUCCAGGCUGGGCCCAGGCUGCUGCCUCUCCAUCUGCCCAGCACGGACACCUCAGGCGGCCACCAGGAGGACGAGUCUGCGGGGAAGAUGUGGACGGCUCCCGUGCUGCUCUUGGUUUUGGGGAGCGCGUGGCUCUGGGUCCCGGCGCAGGGAGCCAUCACAGGGCAGCUAGAAGAUGACCUUGUGACCCCAGGUGCAAAAGACGACUCAGCUACUCCGGCUAUAGAAGACAACAUCGUGACCACAGGUAUCACUGAAGAGUUCUCUGCGUCUUCUGGCCCAACGGCUCUGGCGCCUACAAACGCAGAGAGUAGAACACAUGUUCCCAUUGAGGAUCUGCCCACCCAAGAAGGCUCAGUCCACACCCACGAAGAAAGCCAUAGCACCACAGUCCCGGAUGUAGCAACCAGCCGCUCCAAAGAGAAAGUAGCUGAAGAGACAGAAACAACAGUCGAGAAAGAUGGCUUGGCCACAGUGACCCUGGUGGGAAUCAUCGUCGGGGUCUUACUGGCCAUCGGUUUCAUCGGAUGGAUCAUCUUUGUGGUUGUGCGGAAAAUGUCRGGAGGGUACUCACCCUAAUGAGCUGAAGGAUCCUGCCUCCUGCCGUUCCCUCAAAGUGUUGAAGAAGAGCCUCUGACUCCCCUCAUUCCCAUUCCCGAGCUCACGGGAGAAGAUGACCCAUGGAAGGCUGGCCCACCCCAGUCAAAAUCCACGGCGAUCCCUCCACUUGCCAAAAGGAAGCACAAGAAGGAUGAUUCACAAGAUGUGGCUCCUCUAAGCAUUUACCUUUUGAAAAACAUUUUAAAUACAAGCUUUAUACAAGAUCAUUUGAAAGGACAAAAUGCACAGAAAAGGGAACACACAACUAGGUGACCUGAUCUGUAACUGAGACAGUAUCACCCAGUGGGUGCUGGAGGUGUCCCGUCGUUCUCUGUUAUGGUUAAAAUGCAAAGGAAUCUGGGAGUGUUUAUGUCCGCUGAGUCCUUAGGUCCAGUGCUCCGCCRGUAAGUGGCACCGGCAUUUUGCAGUUGCUGAUCUGUUGAAAUGUGCACAUUGCCCACCAGCACGGCCUGGUUUUYACAGGCUCAUGGGGUAUGAAUAAUCAAGCAGAGAGUCCAAACUUGGAUAAGAUGUGAUCAAGCAACGGCCUUUAGAAGGUCCAGAUAAACAUUUCAAAGCCAUCACUUUAGAUUACCAGCAGGAAGUCUGUAUUUGGUACUGGGCUUCUCAUAAGCUCCCCACGCAUCUUCCAAGCCAAACCACGAUGCYGUGGUUUGGACCCACCCGGCCCCUCCGCUUCCCUCAGACACRGGGAACCAGAGUCCAGGGCAGCCUUCCCUCUUCCCUAGGACCAAACCCUCCAGAUUGGCUGCUUUGUUCUGAGCAUGGAGAUCUCAGCCCCAGAUGUGGAGGAAACUGCUAAGUGCUCCGUGGUGCCAGAGGCUCAGCCAUUCUAGAAACCAAGAACCAAGCCUGGUCCCCAAGCCGAAAGAAGCCCUGGGUGUGCCUCUGACAUGGGAAGUAAAACCCUCCAGUUUUUUAACAUUUGCUUUCUGCCUCCAAGGAAAGUUGGGAAGAGCAAGACAUAAUCUUGUACAAUACUGAUUUUUUUUUAAAAGAACAUCUGGAUUUAAAGAUCUGAAGAUAUUCGGUUUUUAUGACACAGCACACCUUUCAAGAGGGUCAUGUUGAAAGCAUCAAAAUAAAGGAAUACCAUCAUGCUCACUGCUUCUCUUCUCAAAAAUACACUGAAUUCUUUUGCCUACACCAGAGGUUUUCAUUCUGACCAGAUGCUCUUUCACGAUUGGGGUUGUGCAAUCCUGAUGUCCUAUAAGCUCGGAAGAGUUCAUAAAACAGGAAAAAGUAAACAAUCGGUUGGAAGCACAGCCCAUUCCGCCCAGUUUUUGCAGUCCUGUGUGGAUGUUAUUUUAAACAGUGCAUCCGUGUGCUCCCCAAGCCAGCUGGCCCACCAGGUUCUGCACUUGAACAUCAGCUGACUGAGAGGGGGAAUUGAGAGGAGCCUUCAGAGUGUACAUGGCUUUCGGUUUCAGCAUUCAGAUUCCUGAACAGGGGUUAGGAAUAAUGCCCAUUUCUUCUCUCCUAUUCUUUCUUUCUCCCCAUGCCUCCUUGACUGUGAAAAACAACAAUCCUUCCCAGUCACACACUGGACCCCAUGCCUGCUGGGCCAGGGCUGUGGGUUUCUUGGUCACACCUGUGUUGGUGUUCAAGGCAGUGUAGACACAUC